CGCCGCUUGGAGGACUUCUGGAUGACACUUGGUGGGUUUGUUCUACAGUGGCUAUCACAGCCGGUGCGCUAUAAGAGCUUCAAGGAUCUUUUAAAGAAGCACAACGCUGAGGUACCGAAAUUUGUCAACUCACAACCGAUCAACAGGCAACAUGAGUCUGUACGGAAGUUGCGGUUGAUGGUCCCAAGAAAACACUGUGUGGCCCAUAUAUACUAUCCGUUCUUAAGAGAGCUCUAUCCGCUGGAUGGUGUGAUUAGACACAACACCUUAUACGGUGCCUACUCGAAACUACCCACACCACAACCUCUUUACGUCCAGCCCCACCAUUGGGAACGAUUGAUGAGUUCGUUUACCAGUGCUCAAGGUGUGAAUCGUUCACAAAUUGGUGAUCUAUUCCAAAGAAUCGUGAACGGAAUGAAUAAGUGUGACUUGGAGCUCAGCACUAAGGAGCUCAACUCCUUGAUCUUUUUAACGAAUUACGAUGAGCAUGGUUUGACGAAGUUACGAAAGAGAUGGGCAUCGUUCAAAGAUAAAGAGCUGGAUAUAUCGACGACGAAUAUCUUUCUAAGGUAUGCAUCUUCACACUGUGAUUAUGACUUUUGCAAGGAGAUCUUGGACAGAAUCUCUGGUGAUGGAGUUAAAAUGGAUAGAAUGUCCUAUGACAUUGUCCUAGGAAUAUUGGGCAAAACUGGAUUAUUGAACGAUACUACGUCUCUAUUAAAGGAGGCGCUAUCAAAAGGGAUGGUGUUUGAUAUCUCCAUGAUGAACACCGUUGUCAGUGUACUGGUAUCUAAUGAAAGAUUGGACGAUGCAGAACGCAUAGUUGAGAUAUUGAUGCAGAGAGCAUCGUUAACGACACCUCAGUACGAUCAGCAUAAAAGAAGAUGGUAUACCCAUCAAGUUCAAUAUUUGGACUCUCUUCAUUUACAAAAGAUGGAUGCACCUCUUUACAUUCCUUCACCUACUGUCGAGACUUUUAGUCCGUUGUUGAGAUACUAUGCCUCCAUAAGACAUCUGACACCUACAAAAGUUGUUCAAUAUCUCCAAUUCAUGGAUACAUGUGGCUGUUCGAUCCCUUUGAACCUAUCCAAGGACAUUGUUACUUCACUGGCCAACCACUUGACAGUGUUAGCACCAGAUGACCUUAGACGGAUAUUGGAACUGAUUCAAAGGAAAACCUCGACAUUUGAUAACGCAUUAAUGACAUCUAUGCUUUCUUUGAUCCAGCAUCCAAUGUUUGACUCUAAAACAGUACAGGAUUUAGAGACGAAUUGGAAAUUGGCAAUGAGCCAUUCAGUAAAACCAAACGUUGAUGUUGAGCUUCUAACGCAGCAUAGUGUUAGAAGAAUGACAGGUGCUUUGUAGAUAUUUAUUAUUCAACACCUUUUGGUUGGGAUUUAUAUAUAUACCCCAUAUUCAAGAGCAAGUUA